AUGACAACAUUGAUAAUUGUACUUUGGCGUCACCGUUUGAAUUUUCAUGGCUAUUGCAAACAAACUACAGAUCCAAGUUUCAGAGUAGUUGUUGUUGGGCCAGAAAACUCGAUUAGUGAUGAUACGUGUGUUGAUGUCCACUAUCAAAUUCAGCCAGCAUUUGGUCCACGUAAUCAUUGCCAUGCGCUAUUGAUAGAAAAAGUUCGGGAACUUGUCUCGAAUUACGGGUUAACUAGACGAAUCAUUGUUACUUUCGAAGCCGAGUUGCAAUAUUUGAUGGCUAAAAUUAGGUUUGAGUCCGGUAUUGAGGGACUUCUACCCGAUCAUGUGGAACAAGUUGUGCAUAUGAAGGAAAUGAAACUUAUUGCUAGAAGAAAUGGUCUUAUGACUUUGAGGCAAACGAUAAUUCCUUUGAAAGCUGAGCCAUCAUUGUGGUUGAGACGUAUUGUCACCCAACUUGACGGAUUUCCCGUAUUUAUACGAUCAUGUGAAGCGAAACAUGGACGCAAAAUAACACGUUACUCAAUUCAUGACUGUGAUGAAAUGCAGUAUUGGAUUAAGAGUAAACUGGAAGCAGAAAAUAAACAUGACAGGGAAUUUAUUGUAGAAGAAUGUCUACGAAACGGUUAUGAGUUUGUAUCUUUAUAUUCCAAUUCUGGUUUUAUCUGCACUAUAGCAAGAUUGGGUGCAGAGGGAACAUUAUUUGAAAGUAUUCGGGAUCAAAAACCAUAUGCCUACGAAUACCUUACAGUGGAUCAAACACGAGAUAUUUUACCAGGAGUUGAGUCGUUUGUCCUGCGAACUGCAAAGUCACUUCCUGUAAUACCGAACUCAUCUUUCGUGUUCAUUAAAGGAUUUUAUAAGAAUCAUAGCGACAUUUAUUUACUUGGAACCUACCUGCAACCAUUGUGUGAUUCUCAUCGACGGUUAAUUGAAGCAGCUAACCAUGGGGUAGGCUGGGAAAUCCUUCUCUUGAACUGCAUGGAGGAAGUAUUGCAAACAGCUAACCGACCAUAUGACAUGCAAAAAUCAACCGAAAAUCAUCAUGUACUGGUGAAUUUUCCGAGCAUAGAAGGCGUUUUGCUACAUCAGACGAAUAUAACAAAACGGAGUUCAAGUAUGCGUGUAAUUUGGAAAGCUUGCGAAGGUCAAGAAUUGACCAAUUGUACAUCUUCCGAUGAUAAUAUCUUGCAGAUAUUUCUCUCCAAUCCGAAUAGAGCGGAAGUGAUCGCCGAUGCUCGAGACCUGAUAGAAAACACCUACAUUGCUGUUGACCGUUCGGUUGAUAAACAAAACUUUUGUAAUGACAUACGAGCAAAGGACUGCAGUCAUUUCAUUCGAGAAACUUGCAAGAGGCUAUAUUCCAGUGAAAGUAGUUGUUUAAGAAUAAGGUCAGCAUUGCAAAUAUCUUCAUCAUCAAUUACUCCAAAAACAUUAAUGCUAUUCGUGCGCUCACAUUGUUCUCUAUCGUAA